AUGCUCAACGCUAGCUUUGAUCUAUUGAAUGUUUCAGUUUUUGAUCAAGAUUCUGAUGACGACAAAAUUCCAACUGGUCUAUCAACUUUAACCAUUGUUAACUGUAUUCUGAACGUUCCGCUGCUAGUGUUAUCCAUUCUCGGUAACACUAUGGUUUUAACAGCCGUUCUAAAGACACCUUCGCUCCGUUCACCUUCCAUAAUUUUGCUGUGUGGUCUCGCUGCUUCCGAUUUCGUCGUGGGUUUGAUAGUCCAACCGAUCUUCAUAGCCAGGGAUCUUACAUCUGUUUACAUUUUUGCCAGACUGACAAGAAGCUUUGGGACUUUAUUCUGCGGAAUUUCUUUCGCUACCAUGUCAGCAAUAAGUGUCGAUAGAUUUUUGGCUUUACAGUUUCACAUGACAUACAGCUCUCUGGUUACUAAAUCGCGAGUUAAGUUAACUCUGAUAUUAAUUUGGCUAAUAAACUCCGGUCUUAACAUAUGGUAUACACCAACAAAUUUUCAUUUAGCCAUGGUAUUAGUUGGUGUUUAUAUCUCAGCGUCCACUGUUUCGUAUAUUGGUAUAUAUCGCAUAGUUCGCCGACAUAAUGCAGAAAUAUACGCUCAAAGGCAAGCAUUGGAAUAUCCCAGUGCCCAAAAUGUCUACAGCUUAGCCAUGUUAACACGAACUGCUACGAACACGUUCGUAUUCUAUAUUAGUACAAUUUUUUGUUAUCUUCCAUGGUUUAUUUAUAGGAUAUUUUAUAGAGAAAAGUUUCCCGUUGGUUCCCAGGAAGCUUGGGUUUUCACAGUAACAUUGGUGUUUGCAAACUCUGCCAUCAAUCCUUUUUUGUACUGUUGGCGAAUUCGCGAUCUUCGGAAGGCAGUCAUAAAGAUCUCAAGACGGAAAAUUUCAUGCAAAUGA